GAAUUAGUGAGAAUCGACUCGAUUGUUAGUUUUAGAAUUGAAAUGUUUAGUGCUAUCAAUUUUUUAAACUAUUAUCAUAAUGUUCUAGAUACUAUAUGUGGCUUACUUAAAAACAACGUACUAAGGUCUUUUUGUGGCAUAUCAUCAAAUUCUGCAUUAUUAAGCGAUCGAUCCAUCAACUAUACUUUUCUUGAAAGUUAAUCAACAGAAUAAAGAGAUCCGUUGUAAUUAUGUUAAUUCAGAUAUCUUGAUUGAGAAUGAAAAUAUUAAAUAGCAAAAUAGCCCCGGUCCCUCACCAACCUCCCGCGCG